GUUAGAACAGAACACAGAGACUGUAGAAGGGAGACUCUGGUCUCUCUUUGUCUAGUAGUCAGAGAACCAGAGUCUAGAACCAGAACCAGAACCAGAGCCUAGCUGGGUCGCGAUGUGGACCCAAGGGGAAGACAGCAACGCUGCAGGUGAGACUAACUUUCAAUGACUCAAUAUGUAAAUAUAUAUAUCAUAUUUAAGGGUUUUGUGUAUUUUGUAUUGAGAUAGUACAGUGAAGAGGAGACAGGAAAGGUAGGAGAGAUUGCGAGUCAGAAGGGCAGUGGGUCGGAUUUGAACCCAUGUCGACUAGGCUGUAUAUGGACCAAACAGGCCACAAUGUCUCAAUAUUGUUGAGAAAGCCUCAAGGACUCAGAUUCUUUACCUCAGUUUUUGCCUUUCCUGCUUAGGCAGUUUUAGUAGGCCGACUUUGUCUGUACUUGGUGGUAAAAUCAUUUGGUAGUAUGUUGUUAGUGAUGCAACCACAAGUUUAUAUGAAUCCUGAAUAAAUAUAUGCAUUUUUACUGUAUGUGUGUGCAUAUGUGUCUGUGUGUGUGCAUAUGUGUCUGUGUGUGUGUGUGUGCUGAGUUUGAGUAUUUAUGGUCUCCUACUCUUCUAUAUGUCCCACUCAGCUGGCCCUGGAGAUUGAUGAGAGAGAGGCCAUACUGAAUAAUGAAUAGUUUUGAUUCUGGUCAUGUCAAUUAGAUUCUGAUCACGUUGAAAUAACCACACCUGUUUCUCUGCCAAAAAAUGCAACAACAUCCCUCAAUUGUGAUAUUAUCUACUAUGAUAUGAAAAACUGGAGGUGAUUUUCCACAUCCCUCUAUAAAGCAGUGUUUGAGUAGAGAAUGUAAAGAAUGAAUCCCUUGUUCAUAAUUCUGUGCGGUUGAGGGAAUGGCACGGCUCAGAUCCAUAUUGAAAGUGAGACUUUCUUAAUCACUUCCUGUAUUCUCACUGUGAUCCGCCUUCAGAGGGUGGAGCUUCCUCUUUUAAGGUCACUUAUAGGUUACCACUGUAUGAGUCAUAAUACCAUAAAACCUAGCAGUCAAACAGAGAAAUGUUUCCAAUCGUUUCCACCAUUCAUUUUUCCCAUAGGGGAUUUUAGAAACACUUAAAAUAAGGGCUGUGUUUCAUGUAGGCUUACCCUGGCGUGACAUUUUGAUAACUGUGUAAAUCUCUCUAGGACAAGGUGAUUUUUAUCAAUAUAUUUGCCUGUAUUUACUCCCCAAAAAUGAAACGCUAAUUAGCUGCUAAUGUGGCUAUCAUAAAGAACUACAAAUGCCAUGAUAAUCUGGACGAGACUGCCGAAUCGAGGAAAAGGUAAUAAUCUCUGGAUUAACUAUCUAAUAUUAGCUUAAUGUAGUAAUUAAUGCAUUUACAAAAUGUCUUUAAAUGGACAAUUCUGUGAACUGUCUUCUGCAAGUUUUAAAUGUACACAAUACCUGUUAGCAAAGGUGUCAGCUAGAGAUGACGUGCAGGAGCUUGCAGGGAUUUGUAGUCUUGCAUGAAGUCUACUUUGAUGCUAAUUAGUAUUUUUGAAUUUGAGAGUAAAUAGAGCUGAAAAUAUUGAUAAAAGUCUCCUCGUCCAAGAGAGAUUUACAUGGUUAUUAAAACGUCAUGCCAGGGUAAGCCUACACGAAACACAGCCCUUAUUGUAAGUGUUUCUAAAAUCCCCCAUGGGAAAAAUGAAUGGUGGAAAAAUGAUUGGAACAUUUCCAUGUUUGACCGCUAGGUUUUAUGGGUAUCAUGACACCUCCACUGGGGGCUCUAUAGGACUAGGACAACCUGACUCAUUAGGAUUUGGUGGCAUGUUCACGUCAUGUCGGAAACUCAGAAACUCAGAAACUUUUGACUUGCUUACUCAUUGUAGAAAGAUGAUACCCGAGUUUCCCAAUUGGGAAGUAUCACAAACAACCAAUAGGAAACUCUACGCAAAUCAUUUAUGUUCAUUUAAACUCAGAGGUCCCGAGUUUCCGACACGAUGUGAACGCGGUAUUAAUGUCUUUCUUCCUAAUUUAUUAACCACUUAUUUGUGAUUACUAUCAGGAAGAAGCGCCAUAAGUUGCAAUAACUGUACAUUUUGAUAAAUGAAAGUAUUUUGUUAUAUUUUCACAGCCUCUGGUGGAGAAAGCAGCUGCUCCUCUGAAGAUGAAGGAGACAUUCAGGUAUAUUUAGUAACAUCUGUGACUGUGAUACUCUAUGGUUUCUCUGUUGGAUAGAGACAAAUCGUCACAUGUUAAAUCCAUGGACAUAGCUUAAGACUUGUAUAUUUAGUUUUUAUAUACCGGUAGCCUAAACAGAUGAUGAGAGAAUAUGUCAGAGACUAGUCUGUGUGUAUAUGUGUAUAUUUGUUUGGUCUGUCCUGUAGUGUGAGAUUCUGGAGAAGCAGAGGGAUGAUGCCAAUCAGAAGCUAUCUGAGAUGGAGGAAGGUGAGAUGCACCAAUUAACAUCCAUACAGUGCAUUCGGAAAGUAUUCAGACCCCUUCCCUUUUUCCACAUUUGUUACGUUACAGCCUUAUUCUAAAAUGGAUUAAAUUCAUGUUUUUCCUCAUCAAUCUACACACAAUACCCCAUAAUGACAAAGCGAAAACAGGUUUUUAUAAAUGUUUGCAAAUUUAUACAAAAUUGAAAAUGGAAAUACCUUAUUUACAUAAGUAUUCAGACCCUUUGCUAUGAGACUUGAAAUUGAGCUCAGGUGCGUCUGUGUUUCUACAACUUGAUUGGAGUCCACCUGUGGUAAAUUAAAUUAAUUGGACAUGAUUUGGAAGGGCACACACCUGUCUAUAUAAGUUCCCACAGUUGACAGUGCAUGUCAGAGCAAAAACCAAGCCAUGAGGUCGAAGGAAUUGUCCGUAGAGCUCCGAGACAGGAUUGUGUCGAGGCACAGAUCUGGGGAAGGGUACCAAAAAAUGUCUGCAGCAUUGAAGGUCCCCAAGAACACAGUGGCCGCCAUCAUUCUUAAAUGGAAGAAGUUUGGAACCACCAAGACUUCCUAGAGCUGGCUGCCAGGCCAAACUGAGCAAUCAGGGGAGAAGGGCCUUCGUCAGGGAGGUGACCAAGAUCCCAAUGGUCACUCUGACAGAGCUCCAGAGUUCCUCUGUGGAGAUGGGAGAUCCUUCCAGAAAGACAACCAUCUCUGCAGUACUCCACUAAUCAGGCCUUUAUGGUAGAGAGGCCAAAUGGAAGGCACUCCUCAGUAAAAGGCACAUGACAGCCCGCUUGGAGUUUGCCGAAUGGCACCUAAAGGACUUUCAGACAAUGAGAAACAAGAUUCUCUGGUCUGAUGAAACUAUGAUUGAACUCUUUGGCCUGAAUGCCAAGCGUCACGUCUGGAGGAAACCUGGCAUCAUCCCUACGGUGAAGCUUGGUGGUGGCAGUAUCAUGCUAGUCAGGAUCGAGGGAAAGAUGAACGGAGCAAAGUACAAAGAGAUCCUUAAUGAAAACCUGCUCCAGAGCACUCAGGACCUCAGACUAGGGCGAAUAUUCACCUUCCAACAGGACAACGAAUCUAAGCACACAGCCAAGACAACGCAGAAGUGGCUUCGGGACAAGUCUCUGAAUGUCCUUGAGUGGCCCAGCCAGAGCCCGGACUUGAACCCGAUCGAACAUCUCUGGAGAGAUCUAAAAAUAGCUGUGCAGCAACACUCCCCAUCCAACCUGACAGAGCUUGAGAGGAUCUGCAGAGAAGAAUGGGAGAAACUCCCCAAAUACAGGUAUGCCAAGCUUGUAGCGUCAUACCCAAGAAGACUCAAGGCUGUAAUUGCUGCCAAAGGCGCUUCAACAAAGUACUGAGUAAAGGGUCUGAAUACUUUUAAUAAAUGUGCAAACAUUUCUAAAAACCUGUUUUUGCUUUGUCAUUAUGGGGUAUUGUGUGUAGAUUGAUAAAGAAAAAAAACGAUUUAAUCAAUUUUAGAAUAAGGCUGUAACGUAGCACAAUGUGGAAAAAGUCAAGGGGUCUGAAUACUUUCCGAAUGCACUCUAUAUGUGACAAAUUAGUGUAGUUUUCAUGACAUAUGUAUGUAAGCAGGAGUCUAUUUAUUCUGUCUCUCUCUCUCUCUGUCUCUGUCUCUCCCCACUCUCGCUCUCUCUGUCCCCGUCUUUCUCUUUCCUCUCUCUAUCUCUCUCUCUCCCCCUAUCUCUUCUCUCUCUCUUCUUAUCUCUUUAUCUCUCUCUCCCCCUAUCUCUUCUCUCCUCAGUAUCCUCUCAGCUGUUGAAGGAGAUGGAAGUUUUGGAGAUGCAGUUCCAGAUCGAACGCUCAUGCAGGGAGAGUGCAGAGGCCCUUGCUGUCAAGGUGGGGUGCAUUAUGGGUACUGUAGUUCAACUCCAGAGUGUCUCAGUGAUGUCAUCGACUAAACAAGUCAGUGUUCCACUUGGGUGUGCAGGUUUUUGUGCCAGCCAAGUAGUAACACACACAAGUCAGCUAAUCAAGGACUCAGUGAUUAAUUGUAUAAUUACUAGCCUGGAACAAAAGCCUGCAUACCCUCUGGAACACUGAAACAAUGCUCUCAACAGAUCUCUUUCUCCUUGAACACAAAGGUGACCAAAGACAACAAGGUUCUGAAGAGGAGGAGCCAGGCUCUGCUGCCAUUCAUCCCAGAGCUUCCUGAAAACAUGGAGGCUGACCUUGGGGUCGAUCCCGACCCUGAUGGGGACAGCGGUGAGGAUGCCGUGCUGCUAGGACAGGCCCAGAUAAGAGGUAUAGAGACUUACACAAUAACCAUACUGAACAUAUACUGUAUAAUUUAUGAUAAUGAGUGACAGAUAAAUGUUAUAGAAUUGAGAUUUGAGAGGAUUGUUUUUGUACUUUUACUCGACCGAUCGGGAAAAUGUUAUUAAAAUACCUGCUCAUCAUCUUCCUGUCUCUCCCCUGUCUCUCUCUCUCCCUCCCUCUCGUUCAUCUCUUCUUUUGUUCCAUCCUUCCCCCCAUCCUGGCCAGAGCUGCAGGCCUCGGUGGACCAGCUGCUGGAGGAGAAGCUGCGGCUGUUUGAGCAGGUGGAGGCCCUGAGGGCAGAGCAGAGCCAGCUCAAAGAACAGGUAGCUAGCACCGACGGACACACUCUAGACCUGUCUGUGUGUAUGUGUGGGUGGGGGGUGGGUGGGGUGUCAGGAUGUGUGUGUCUGUGUGUGUGUGUGCGUGCUGAGUUUGAGUAUUUAUGGUCUCCUACUCUUCUAUAUGUCCCACUCAGCUGGCUCUGGAGAUUGAUGAGAAAGAGGCCAUACUGAAGAAACUGUCCAAACAGAACAAGACCAUGAAUAAGAUGAAGAGAGGUGAGACUCCACUCAGACACAUAUCAGUGUUACUCAUGAUAUACACUCUAUUCACCUCAUUCCAAAGUCAUGUUCAAUGUUUUACUUGUGUGUGUUUGUAUGUGUGUGUGUGUGUCCAUAGUGUCCCAGCUUGUGACAGAGGAUUUCACAGAGAUCACUCAGAAACUGGAGCUGGAGCAGGGCCUCAGACAGCACGCAGAGGUCUUCGCCCACCAGGUACACCUCACUCUGUGUGUGUGUGUGUGUGUGUGUGUGUGUGCGCACAUGCAUGCGUUCGUAGGUGUGUACAUAUGUGUGUGUUUAUGUUUCUGAAAGUGUGUGUGUGUGUGUGGCUCAAAGUAGAGGAGAGAUUGACUUCAUCACUACAUGUCUUUGUGAGAGGUAUUGACUUGUUGUAAGCACUGAGCUGUCUGUUCAAAUGACUAGCACACAGCUCAUACAUACCCCACAAGACUUCUUCACAGUCCCCAAGUCCAGAACAGAGGCUAGGAGACGCACAGUACUAUAUAGAGCCAUGACUACAUGGAACUCUCUUCCAUAUCAAGUAACUCAGUCAAGCAGUAAUAUCAGAAUAAAAAAACAGAUCAAACUACACCUCAUGGAACAACGGGGAUUGUGAAGAGACACACACACACACACACACGCUAGCACACGCAUUCUACACACACGUAUAUUGUAAUAUUGUUGUAUGGUGGUAUUAUACAUUUUGUAUUGUAUAUAGAUAUGUAGUGGUGUAAUAAUGUUAUAUGAAGUACAUUUUGUGUGUGUGGGUGUGUGUGUGUGUGUGUGUGUGUGUGUGUAAUGUAAGUGCCUUAAUGUGUUUGGACCCCAGGAAGAGUAGCUGCUGCCUUGGCAACAGCUAAUGGGGACCCUAAUAAAUACAAAUACAAAUACACAACUCCUAGGUGGCAGGGAAGGGUGUGUAUUCACCCCUCUCUCGAAUGACAGUGAUAUAGGUUGUGCCACAAGAAGACAAGGAGCUGCAGUGGCUUCGACCAGGGCCCUGGGGCAGUUCUAGUGAAUGGAAUAUUGGACGGGGGGGGGGGGUACUUCUUCACUUCUUCACUUCCUCAUUCAGACAGGGGCCAUAUUGUGGGACAGGAGAGGGUUGGGGGGAGAGGGGGGAUCCCCAUUCAUUCUGCAUUCAGACCAAGAGGACAAAUUGGGCAGUGAAAUACAAAGAGGUGUGAGAAGGGAGGGACAGGCAGGCUGAUGAUCACUUUGUAAAGGAGAAACGCAGACACUCACACUCAGUUGCCGACUUCCCAGCUGGUCAUGUUGGCGGUAGAAACAAGCGUCUCAGCUGACAACAAAAGUAGCCUCCCCUCUCAGAGCCCCCUCUGCUUCAUAAUGAGCACCCAUCACGGCGGCAGUCUGAGAAUGGGGACUACAGCUUUAAACACAUCCUCGUCUUUAGCUUGACACUUUACAUUGAACACGGUCAAUUGUCGCCUUUGUGCGCACCGUUCGCUACUUACCAGACGGGCACAUAAUGGGACGCCUCGCAGGGGUCCUUACCUGUGAAAAGGACCCCUACUGUUCUGACACAACCACACAACUCAGCCUCCUUUACUCUCAAUGCUCUGUAAAGGCUCCUCUGUUUGAUGCUGGUCCUGUGUCUGUGUGUGUGUGCGUGUACAUGUUGUAUGGACACCAACAGCGCUUUGUGUGUCAAACAAUAGCGUUCCCUAAUUAAUGCCCUGGCUGUGUGAAAAUGGCCUUGUGUUAUGGGGACUUUAGAGUGCUUACACCAGGCUAAUUUGUACUAAAUGUAAUGAUGAUGAUGUGUAGCCUAACACACAGAUGGCUGCUUUCACUACUCCCUCGCUGUGUUUGAAUUUAUGGAAUCCAGAAGUGAAAGUGACUUUCAAUUCCUAAACUCACUCUAUUUCUGAUAGUGGCCCUUUUGUUAAAGCUAGUUUCACUAUCAUGUGACCAUUCACAGCUACAGUAUAUAUUACAGGUUUAUAGAGAUGCUCAUGCAUGAGCCUCCAAACAUUCAAUGCAUUUACUAUAGUCACUGAAGUUAUCUAUCAAAUUGGUUUGCUCCAUUAUCAGCAAUGGAUGAAUCGUUUUUUAAAGGGGAGCUUACCAUAACUGUUGUAUAAUAUAAAUUAUAAACUGGUUGGUUUGAGCCUUGAAUGCUGAUUGGCUAAAAAACGUGGUAUAUCAGACUGUAUACAAUUAUCUAAUUACGUUGUACCUAAAUUAUUGAUUGAUUGAGUGGUUAAUUGAUUGGUUGAUGGAUUUAUUGAUUGAUUGAGGGAUUAAUUGGUGGAUUGAUUGAUUGAUUGAUUGAUUGAUUGAUGUACUGAUUGACUGACUGAUUGAUUGAUUGGUGGAUUGAUUGAUUGAUGUACUGAUUGAUGUACUGAUUGACUGACUGAUUGAUUGAUUGAACGAUGGAUUGAUUGAUUGACUGACUGGCAGGUGUUGGUGAAGCAGAAGGAGACCCAGCGACAGAGCAUGAUGCUGCAGCAGAGUUCAGAGACCAGUCUCCAGCUCCAACAGGCUCUGGAACAGGUGGCCCACAUCAACAGUACCCUACAGGACAUACAGCUCUACUACCGAAACCAGGUAGGGUGGGGGAAGUAUGUGUGUGUGUGUAAGUGAGAGUGAGAAACAGAGAGGGAGAGAGAGCGCGAAUAGUCGUCUCUUCUAAAUAGACGGGUUAGUUGACAACAUCCCGAAAACAAUGAGCACGCGUCGAUGGGGCAGAAGUCUUUGUGUUGUUACGAAGUCUGUGUGUCGUUAUCAAGUCUGUGUGUCGUUAUGAAGUCGGUGUGUUGUUAUGAUUCUGGACGGUCAGAUAAUUAGCAACAAUGACAAGAAGCUGCCAUGUGGGGAAUUGUUUCAGCUCGUUGUAUCUUGUUAUUGAUACCAUUUUUUGUUUUGAGCUGUUUUGGCUCUUUGUCACAUUAUGCUAAUAUGGCAAAUAUUCGCUAGCUAGCUAACCAACAACUGUACGAUGUAUUUAAGAGACAACAAGUGUUCAUUGUGUAAAUGUAUUUAUGUUUUCAAUUAAGAUGUGUAGAGAGAAUAUGCAGUGUACAUUAAGAACACCUUCCUAAUAUUGAGUUGCACUUUUGCCCUCAGAACAGCCUCAAUUCGUCGGGGCAUGGACUCAACAAGGUGUUGAAAGCGUUCCACAGGGAUACUGGCCCAUGUUGACUCCAAUGCUUCCCACAGUUGUGUCAAGUUGGCUGGAUGUCCUUUGGGUGGUGGACCAUUCUUGAUACACACGGGAAACUGUUGAGCGUGAAAAACCCAGCAGUGUUGCAGUUCUUGAGACAAACUGGUGCGCCUGGCACCUACUACCAUACCCCGUUCAAAGGCACUUCAAUCUUUUGUCUUGCCCAUUCACCCUCUGAAUGGCACACAUACACAAUCCAUGUCUCAAUUGUCUCAAGGCUUCAAAAUCCUUCUUUAACUGGUCUCCUUUAACAAGUGACAUCAAUAAGGGAUCAUAGCUUUUACCUGGAUUCACCUGGUCAGACUAUGUCAUGGAAAGAACAGGUGUCCUUAAUGUUUUGUACACUCAGUGUAGUUUACAUGUUGUCAACAAUCCUUUGAUUCUAAGCCAACCCCACUUGUUUUGCUCCACGGCUGCACAUGCAUCGGUUUUGUUGCUAAACAACCCACCCGUCUAGAAGUUAGAUUUAAAUGUGUAAGUCUAAUUUUGAGCGUAUAGUAUGUCUAUCCUUCUGUCUGUAUCUAUCCAUAUCUCUGUUUAAUGACUAUCACAGCUGAAGCAAACCCAGUGUGCUCUGGAGGAGAGCAGUGUUCUGUCUGAGCUGCAGCUUGUCAAAGGCCAGCUGGAGAGCAGUGAGAAGGAGAGGAGGACCAUGGAGACCCAGCUGAGGGAGGCGCAGAUCACUGCCACCCACCUCCAGGGAGAAGGUAGCUACCACAUCUGCGAUUUAAUGGCUGCGUUUACACAGACAGCCCAAUUCUGAUCUGAUGUGAUUGGUCAAAAGACCAAUUGGCGGAAAAAUUAUCAGAAUUGGACUGCCUGUGUAAACGCAGCCUUACAUAUGUAUUUUGUGCUAAAAUCUUAGGUCUAUAUAAUACGUGCUCAUAGUGAUCAUAGGACCCUGAUGUAAAAUCAUUAUAAAUAAUCAAUUACUAUUUUAUUUUUUUAUCUGGAGUUGAAUUUUUCUUUGCGCCAUUUUCAGUCCUCAAACAAAUGCUGUUUUCAAAUAAUAAAUAUGACACACUGCUGUGGUUGGUGGUACUUUGUCUUCCUUUUAGUGAAACAACUCCAGGAUAGGCUGAAAGACACAGAGAAAGACCGGGUUUCCAAAGCUGACCAACCAGUGGAGGACAACUCAACCACUGCACCUCCUAUUCCUCCUCCUCCUCCUCCUCCUCCUCUUCCUCCCCUGCCCCCACCUCCCUCCAGCACUGCUGUUGAGUAGGUUCUAGACUAUAUUGUUCUCUAUUCAAUAUACUAUAUAAAUACAUGAUUACAUAAUCACUAUAUUAACAGGUAGAGGUAUCCAGAAUCACUAUAGUAGCAGGUUGAAGUAUCCAUAAUCACUAUAUUAACAGGUAGAGGUAUCCAGAAUCACUAUAGUAGCAGGUUGAAGUAUCCAGAAUCACUAUAUUAACAGGUAGACGUAUCCAUAAUCACUAUAGUAGCAGGUUGGAAGUAUCCAUAAUCACUAUAUUAACAGGUAGACGUAUCCAGAAUCACUAUAUUAACAGGUAGAGGUAUCCUAUUCCAAACAAUUUAAACUUAUUGGCAACUUUACAUUGAAAAUGUGAGCUUUUUUACCUUUGUUACAUAAAAGUUGGUAGUACCCAGAGGUAAGGCAGAAUCUGGUAAAUGUUAGUGAAUAAACUCCUUCAGUUCUACUUCCUGUUAUUCCUGUCUAGUCCACUUGUCGUCCUGCGCAACAAGAGGAAGGAGUCAGUCAACAACACUGAUAAGAAUAGUGAGUGUUUUUACCGUGGUAUCACUACGCAUGGCUUACUGAUUUAUUGUAUUUAUUUAACCUUUAUUUAUCCAGGGAAUCCCAAUUGAGACCAGGGUCUUUUUUUCCAAUGGUGCCCUGUGUCACUUCAAUCAACAAUCCAAACAGCUUAAACAGAUAAAAUGACAUACAGAGCAGAAAUGAUUACAUUACUUACGCAUUCUAUGACUACUAUUACAAUAUACAGACAGUAUGUGCUCAGGAUAUUCAAGGUUUCAACGUUUAGCAGGUCAACAAACAAAGACCCUGGUUCUGAUGUGAACAGUGGUAUCAUUGAACACACAACAGCUCAGGUAGCCUACUCACUGUGUUGUCUCCUCUCUCCACCAGAGCCAGAUCCUUCUGUGGACAUGAAGACCCGAGCGGUGGAUGAGAUGAUGGAGAGGAUAAAGAAAGGCAUUGUCCUGAAACCCACCCUGAGACCACAGGUAAGGCUAGCUAGCGCAUGUAUCAACCAACCAACCAAUCAAUCCAUUGAUUUAUCAAUCAACCAGUCAUGCUAUCUACUUGUUAGAGAGACAAUUACAGUGGUCCAACAUCUCACUGCUUCUCUCCUAUAUCAGGCUGGAUCAGAAGAUGACAGUGCCUGGAGAGUGAGCACUUUUUAUGCCUUUCCCAUUAUAAUAGUGUUUAUAAAGAUUAUUUAUUUAUUUAGUAUUAAAAUGCUACUCGUAUUCAUUUAUUCAUUUAUCAAUCACAGGACCAGAGGAGUGAGAAGAGAAAGUCAGCCGUGCUGGAACUAAAAGUAAUGCUGGUAAGAUGGGAUCAAUUUCUAAAAUGAAGCAUUUGCUGUUUUGCUAGUGAGUCUAUACGUCGAUGAGAUUAAUAUUGUACUAUGGAGGCUUUGAGAAGCCAAACCCUGAUUGGUUUACUGUACUUUCUAUUCUUCUUUUCAUUGACAUGAUUGGUUUACCCUCCUCCUCACCUAUCCUGAUUGGUUGACCUAUCCUAUCCCAGGACACCAUGAAACGCCCGGGCCACAGGAGGGCGGGGUCACGGAAGAGGAUUAGCCGAAACGUAGGGGAGGCGGAGCUACAUCUGGUACUACAGAGGAGGAGGCGGGCCAUGGGGGACGGACAGGACACCCCCGGCCCCUCCUCAACCCCCUCCCCAGCCCCUCCCUCCAUCAAAAUACAAGGUGCAGCAUCUCCAUCCUUUGAUUUGGGGAAUAGGGGACAGUCAGUCAGUUUAGCUUUUUUUAAGGGUCGCAGGGGUCCUCUCUGGUUGUUGUUUCGCUCGCUUGGACUAAAUUGAUGGUAUUACAUUGAAAGAUGGACUGGUCUUUAAUGGCGCAAACUAGAAGAGGAAGAUUGAAAGAGAAGAUAACAAAUGAGGGGCCAGGAGGACACAUCAUUAACCCACGUAGUGAUAUCUUUCACUUACCUACAGUAAUAUUUUAGCAUACUUUUAAUGUACCAUAUGUCAUGCCCCCCAGGUCCCCAGCCGGGUGGCCCAGUAGCAGGUGCCCUUCCCUGGGCAGGAGAGCAUGGCAGCACCCCCGUGCUCCGGAGGCUCAAGCAGAACAGAGAGAAGAGGAACUCUCGUAUCAGAGCAUCAGAACUGAUCAUCUGCCAGGAGGAGAUCUGAGACUUGGGGAAAGGGAUGAUUAGUGUUAGGAUACUGUACAACAGUGUUUCUCAAACCUCUCCUGGUGUACCCCCAGCCAGUCAACUGAUUUGAUGUAUUCCAGAACAAGCACAGCUGAUGUAAAUGCUGUCAAGCCUCUAAUCAUUAAGCCCCUCAUUAGUUAAAUCAGCUGGCUAGUUCUGGAAUACAUCAAAUGUGUGGACUGGCUGGGGGUACUGAAGGAGAGGUUUUGGGAACACUGUUGUACCACAAUCAUACAGAUAUACUGUAUAUUAUGAACUGGGUGGUUUGAGCUCUGAAUGCUGAUUGGCUGACAGCCGUGGUAUAUCAGACUGUAUACAACGUGUAUGACAACUUUUAUUUUUACUGCUCUAAUUACGUUGGUAAC